AUGAGUGAACAAAAGAACGAUAGCAAUUAAUAAAAAUAAACAAAUAGCUCAAUUUAAAAUUAAAACAGUAAAAGCUACUACAAUACAGAACAUGUUUAGGAUUAUAUGAGAAUGAAAUUCUAUUAAUUUAAAGCUCAAAAUGCAUUAAUGGAUAACUUUUAAUUGCUUUUUUUAAAGAAAUAUGAUAAACUAUUAACAGAAGAAGAAAAAACAAUAAGAAAAAAAUGCGAUUAUUUGAUUUAAACCACAUCAACUGUUGCAAAUUUUGGCUCAUUCUUUUUUAUUCUAUCUAAUCUUAGCGUAACAUAAGAGAUAAGAUUCAAUCCAAUUCGCGACUUUAAAGUUCUUGUUGGUGGAGUAGCAUUGAUGUUUGCUUUAAGAGGAGCUGGAAUAUUAUAUAUGUGGUCUUAAUGUGAAAAUAUGUAUUUUAGAAUCUAUCCUAAAAUAAAUCUAGAUGAGCAAGUGGAUUUUUAUGCUGAAAAUAUAAAUAAUAAUUUCAAAAUAUUUUUAUAUAGAUAUUUUUUCUGA